AUGAACGUCAAGCUAGUGAAUCACUACACCGCGCCGGCAAAUGAGAUCAAGACUGCCAAUGAGCUGCUGAACCCUCCCGAAGGGGUAUACGACGUCAACUUUGUGUUCCCUCUCCGGGAGCUGGAGAGCGACAAAGUCCGACUUGUGCCUUUCUUACCAUCGGUGCACAUGCCCCUCCUUCACGUGCGGGCCCAGCCCCACUCAGAGCUGAACAGAUACACUUCCUUCGGCCCCUUCCCCACUCUCUCCUCCGCUUUGGAAUGGCACGAUCAACACAUCCGCGCCGAGCCUUCUGCUACGUUGUUCGCAGUGCUCGACCUGACCCAGGCUGACCCCGUACUCCCGGAGAUGGGGGGCCGGCUAGCGGGUAUGACCGGUUUGAUUGGAGCGAGUACGGGGCAGAGUCAGGCUGAGGUCGCGUUUGUGACGUAUCUCCCGGAGUUCCAGAGGACGCAUGUGGGGACUCAUGCGUCUGGCCUGCUGCUCCGUUGGCUCUUGGAUUCUCCGGCGCAAGGAGGACUGGGGCUGAAGCGUGUACAAUAA